AUGACUCAAGCCCGUCUCAGUGAACAGGAGGCGGAAUUCACAGUCGCAACUGAACAGCUGUGUUUGCAGCACGGCGGUCGUUUGGCUUACAGUAGUUGCCGAGCAUCGUCGAAGUGUCGCGGGAUAAAAACUCCACACACGACGUCGACGAAUGUCAGAAAGCGCGUGUGUAAUGAGGCAACCUCCUCCGUCAUUGGACAGGAGCUGGAGAAACGCGGCUGGACGGACCCUGCCAACUAA